UGCGACCGGGUCGGAUUUGCCGUGCGUUCUCGUCUGUCGUCUGUUGAGCCUUCUCCCGCGUUAUCCGAUAUCGUUACCGUUCUGUCGAGCUCGCAGCGGCCGUGCAAGACAAGAUUUCUGUCUCGUGACCGCAAGUAUGACACCACGGAACGGCAUAUCUUUGAAUCUGACCACCGAUUUGCCGAACAAUCCGGUCGACGAACAAGCGCUUUACAUUUUCGCGGCGAUUGUACUCUUCUUCACCGGCUUCUUCGGCUUUUUCCUGAAUUUAUUGGUCAUCCUUACGGUCCUUAAGAACAUGAAUGUAAUGUGGACGUCCAACAACAUCGUGCUCGUCAACAUGGCCGUUGGAGAUAUGUUAGUAGGUAUACUGGGGAACCCUUUCGCACUGGUCUCGGCGAUCUUUGGUGUGUGGUACUGGAGCGACAAUGUAUGCCUGUGGUACGCAUGGUUUAUGUCUACUAUGGGAUUCGCAAGUAUUGGUAAUUUAACAGUGAUGGCACUGGAGAGAUUCUUACUGGUGACAUGCCCGACGAGGACGUUAUCUAUAAGAUACGCUUAUAUAUUGGUGGUUCUAGUUUGGAUAUACGCGCUCUCCUUGUCGUUGCCGCCGUUUUUCAAUUGGGGAAAAUACGGCUUGGAAGAAGGUAACAUAUCCUGCAGCGUGUCCUGGGAGCAGCACGAUCUUGAGAAUCAAACCUAUAUCGGAUUUUUAUUCAUUUUCGGAUUUAUCGUGCCCAUGAUAAUAAUUAUCAGCAGCUACUGCGGCAUCAUCCAUAUCUUAAGGAAUACAAGCAAGAGAAUCCAUUCAAGUCGGAGAAACAAGAAAGAAGCAAAGGUCACAAAAAUGGUGUUGCUAAUGAUCAUCGCUUUCUUGAUCGCCUGGAUGCCCUACGCUGUGCUCGCGCUCGCAAUUCAAUAUUUCAACGUACAAUCUUCGCAUAUCAUGGUGAUACUACCGGCGCUUCUCGCGAAAUCCUCCAUCUGCUAUAAUCCCGUGAUAUAUGCGAGCUUGAACAUGCAGUUCUUUAACGCCUGGAAAAGGAUAUUCAGAAACGUAAACUGGAGGAAACCCAAUAAGGAUAGCAUGGCUAUGACCACGAUGAACAAGACAGAGAUGAAGACUCUCAAUCAGAUAUCACCGAGUCGAAUGGAAAUAAACUAAGAAUGAAACUAAAAAAGAGACUAAGAAACUUGAGUCUACUAGAGUCGGUACCGAGAGAGAAGAAUGAGUGAGUGAUCUUUCGUCCCUUCCAUGUAUAGAGUAUCCGACAAUUAAUGACAUAUCCGUUGUAUGCAGAUAGAACUCGUCAAACUGAACUCAAAAUUCGAUAAUGCGCCAAUAUUCUUUAACUAAUAAUCAGUUUAAUGAGUUCUACCUACACACAACAAAUGUGUCAUUAAUUGUCAGUCAUCCUGCAUAAUGUCUCCGAUUAUUAUAAUUUCCAGUUAUUAUGAAAGAAGUAAUUUUAAUUGUUUCUGAUCGAGAGUUGGAAGAACCUACCUCAACGUAGAACACGGGACACAGAUUCGAGGAGCUUUCAAACACGCGCGAUCGAGCUUUCAAGCACGAGUCAGCGCGAGCCCAGCAUUGUCGAGUUUACGGUCAAGAGCGACACUCAUGUGCAAUUAAAUCGCGAGAGAUACGAAAUAGGCUAUAUCAUUUAUUUACCACACUAUUUCUCGAUAAAAAGAAGAAAGAAAAAAUGGAAAAAAGUAUCUCCCGCCGUCACGAUCAGCAGACCAAGGAAAGGAAUAUGGAAAUUGUGUAACGCAUCGGAAGUCGUUUGACGGCACUUAGAGCGAAACUUGGAAAUUUAGGCUGUAGUAUAUAUAGUUAAGUGAAAGUGCGGCAUUUAUCAACCAUCUCGUAUGCGUCUGAUAUCACGUGGUGGGAGGCACGAGCUGAAUAAAUGAUAGGGGAUAAGUUAAUCGUCGCGGGCAAAUUGUUCGUAGCCGCGGUCACUUUUAUUUUCGCGAGAAUGAUGGAGAGAAGAGGAGAGACGGGGAGGGGGGAGGAAAUUUGGCGAUAUACACGCAAAAAAAACUAGCUUCCAGAGCUAAAAAAUAGCUGUGGCAGAUAAGAUGUGUCACUGAAAUGCUAGGACAGCUAAUGU